GCUGAAUUGACAAUUCCACCGCCGCCCGCACUCGCAGUCUCCGGUCCUCCUCCUCCGCCUCGCGCCACCCAAACCAAACCCCCCCUCCCUCCCUCCCCCACCAUACGCGGCGCGGGGGGCGACGACGGGGCGCCGCUGCUGCUCGGAGAGCCACCGGCGGUGACCCGUGCCAUCGCGCACGCGCAGGGGGGAGAGGAGGAGGAAGGCGGCAGCAGCAGCCUCGGCCUGUGCCGCAUGCCGCUGUGGGGGACAGGCUCGUCCGCGCCCGCGGCGGCCUCGCCCGCCGAGGGCAGCGCCGCCGGAGCCGGAGGGGAUGCGCCCCGCGCGUCGUCCGGCGGGGGCGCCGCCGUCAUCCGCUCGCUGCUGCCCACCCGCCGCCGCCUGCGGCUCGACCCGCCCACCAAGCUCUUCUUCCCAUAUGAGCCUGGGAAGCAAGUCCGUAGUGCAGUCAGGAUCAAGAACAUCAGCAAGUCUCAUGUAGCAUUUAAGUUCCAAACAACAGCACCAAAGAGUUGCUUCAUGAGGCCUCCAGGUGGUAUACUUGCUCCAGGGGAGAGCAUCAUAGCUACAGUUUUCAAGUUUGUGGAGCAUCCUGAGAAUAAUGAGAAGCCAUUAGAUAAAUGCAAGGUUAAGUUCAAGAUUGUCAGUCUGAAAGUCAAAGGACCUAUGGAGUAUGUCCCAGAACUGUUUGACGAACAGAAAGACCAAGUAGCAGUUGAGCAAAUUCUGCGUGUUGUGUUCUUGGAUGCUGAGCGUCAAACUCCCCAAAUGGACAAGCUCAAGCGCCAACUUGCUGAAGCAGAGGCAGCCCUUGAGGCACGCAAGAAACCUCCAGAGGAAACCGGUCCCCGUAUUGUUGGCGAAGGCCUUGUAAUUGAUGAAUGGAAGGAACGAAGAGAACGAUACCUUGCUCGUCAGCAGAUUGAAGGGGUUGAUUCAGUGUAGACAACACGGCGUCAUGAACUGUAAACCAAUUGUUGCUUGGACAUAUCGUUUUAUCCUCAGCACACGUCCUUUUGUCCAUGGUUCUUCAGCUUUUACAAAGUUUCUGCUUGGAACAAGAGUGAGGCUUUGUGUAAUUAGGAUUUGAGCUUCAUGCUGCAGGUCAUUCCCGGGGUCUAAAUGUAGAUACUCAGUCACUGCUUGCUAAUAAUAUCUUCCGUGCUAGAUCGUGUACUGGGGUUUGAGUAUCAUGUUCCUAUCAAUAUUGAAUGUAAUAUUGUCAGAAGGGACUUUUCAAAGUGAUAAAUGGAAGUUCUGCUAUCAUGUUACUCUAUUA